GCGGGGCCAUUUUGGGGGCAGUAAGACCCAGCGCGGAGCCCGAGCGACCCAGCGCGAGACACCGACCCACCCGACGCGCCGCGCGCCAGCACGCGGCCACCACCGACCGCCCCGGAGAGACGCAAUGAGCGAGGCGGCGCAGACCAGCCCCACGGCGGCGGCCCCCCCAUCCCCCACCGGCUCCCCCGCCGCCGCGCCGGCCUCCCCGGCCCAGGACGCCAAGCCCAAGAGCCCCGCUAGCCCCAGCGCCCCGGCGGGCAGCGCCAGCGGAGACGCGGCCCCCGCCGCCCCCGCCAGGGACAGCAGCAGCAGCAGCGCGGCCCCCGCCGCCGCCGACACGGAGAAGAAAGUUCUGGCCACUAAAGUUCUUGGCACUGUCAAGUGGUUCAACGUCAGAAACGGAUAUGGCUUUAUCAACAGAAAUGACACAAAAGAAGAUGUGUUUGUUCAUCAGACUGCAAUCAAGAAGAACAACCCACGGAAAUACCUACGCAGUGUUGGUGAUGGAGAGACUGUAGAAUUUGAUGUGGUCGAGGGAGAGAAGGGUGCAGAAGCAGCCAAUGUCACUGGUCCAGAUGGAGUCCCCGUGGAAGGCAGUCGUUAUGCUGCAGAUAGGCGCCGUUACCGACGUGGCUAUUAUGGCAGACGCCGUGGACCACCUCGUAAUUACCCGGGUGAGGAGGAGGAGGAGGAGGGGAGCGGGAGCAGUGAAGGAUUGGAUCCUCUCAUCACCGAAGGGCAUAUCCCAGGGUCACGGAACCAGCUGCGCCGCCCACAAUACCGGCAGCGCUUCUUCCAACCUUACCGUGGGGGACAGACCUUUGACCGCCGCUCACGGGUCUAUUCCCAUGCUGAUGGCACGCAGGGUGGUGAUGGGGAAAUCAAGGAUGGGGUCCCAGAAGGAGCACAGCUUCAUCAGCAGAUCCAUCGGAAUCCCUCCUAUCGCGCACGCUAUCGCAGGGGACCCCCACGUCCACGCCCUGCACCAGUGGUCGGAGAGGUUGAAAACAAGGAGAACCAGCACGAGGCUAAUGCUAUGAGCCAGCAGCCAUCCCGUCGUGGAUACCGGCGCCCAUACAAUUAUCGGCGCCGACCCCGCCCGCCUAAUGCUCCAUCCCAAGAUGGCAAUGAGAUCAAGGUGGCCGAAACACCUGCUGAGAACCCUGCUCCAGUGACCGAGCAGAGCAGUGCUGAAUAAUGUCCGGCUCCCGAGGCACCUUUACCAUCCCUCAGGUGUCCUAAAGUGUAAUAACAAAAAUAACACCAAAGAAAGAUCCAAGCAAUAAAAUGAAAACAAGUGACAAAAACAAUGAAGAUUUGAAACAUCGGAACUUAAGAGAAAUAAAAAAUAUACCAGCAGCCGAGAUCCAGGGAACGCCUGCAACAGAUGCAUAGAAAGAGAGAGAGAGAGUGAGAGUCAGAGCGACCUCCCCAGCUUCCACGGCAACUGCGGGGUUUUUUAAAAUUUCACCAUUUCGCUAUAUAUAUAUAUAUUUUUUUUUCCCCCUCCAGUUUUUCUUUUGGUACCAAACUAAGAAAAGAGAAGGUGGUGGGGAAACCCCAACCAAAGAAAUGAAAUUUUAAGUCAAAAGCUUUUUUACUGGACGCUGGUGCUAAAACCUCCCAGGUGUGAUGAGGGAUUUUUUGUUUUUGUGCCAGUCCUGUUUAAUUUCAGGACACGGGGAGGAGAAAUUUCUGCUUUCCUUUGUAAGAUCUAUAUGAAAAUGUGCAGUGUGGGUGACGUUCCUCACAAAUAAAAGUGAUUUAACUUCCAAAAAACAAAACAAAUGAAAGGUA